AUUAUAUUUAUUAGAUGAUAUAAGAAUAAAUCUCGGACUUAUAUAAAUAGAUGGCACACUUGCAUCUCGAUUAUUAAAAUUUAUUCAGACGUUAUGUCACGCUUCAUUCAUCGAAAGCUAUUGCCGUGAUUAUUAUUCCGCUUUUCUCUGUGAUGAUGAAAUGUCUGUCUCUCGCAUUAUGUCUGUAUAUAUACAUAAUUUCUACAUGGAUUAGGGUUGCGAAAUUAUUCAAGGUCAAGUUUUUGGUCAAUUAUACUACUAGGAAGAGACAACAGGUUCUUUAAUCCAGUUUUCACGUAUGCAAAUAUAAGUCCUACAUGAUUGUUUUCUUUUCCUGAAUGAAAACGUACAGGAUAUCCCAAAUUCUUAUCGUAUGAUAAUUAUUAUAUAUCAAUCUAAAAAAAGACUCCCUGCAUUCGAAUUUGAUUGCAAAAUUUUUCUAAUAAGCAUAAAUAUUAGAUAGAUUUUUAUCACAGAUUUUAAAAAUAUAUCCAACACACUACUUUUCACUCUAUAUAUAAAUAUGUGUAUUAUCCAUCUGACAAUAAUAUAAUAUACUAAAAAUGAUUUGAUGUAUACGGAAAUUAAGUGAUGAAAGCCAGAAACUCUGCCACCUUCGAAAUCAAGGUCAAAAGUUCGAGGACUCCUUCCGCGUGCGCGCAUUCUCCCGCGAGAAAAGAUUCAAUUUGGUAUAUCGAACGGAGUUGUCAACGCUCGCGGAAGAAUAAAUCCGAUACCAGUGACCAAAAUACUUCUAGUCAUCCGGUGACGACGCGGUGGGUUACCAACCAGGUGGGGAAGGUUCAAAGGAAGGGAGACCUUUAAAGCGACAGAGAGAGAGAGAGAGAGAAAGAGAGAGAGAGAGAUCGGCAAAACGGUACACCCGGGUGGCAAAGUCAACCGCGAGUCUCGAUCAUCAUCAGUUCCCGAAACGUACGGCUCGCAGAGACAUCCCCGAGAGAUAUGCGCGCGCUUCUGACGGUCCUCGCGUUCCUGGUCGCGCGAGGAUGCGGCCACAUCAUCGCCUGGCGGGAAAUGAGACGCGAAGGGCCGAUUCGCGAUGCCAUCGAGAGCGGCGCCGCCGCCGAGUACAACAAGGACGACUGCGUCUGGAGGCGAGGAAACGAUCGGGACGUCUGUCCCGAUCCCGAUGUGCAUGUGCGUCUCUACACGCCGGGCCGACCGAGACGUACGCUGGAUCCCGCGGAACAGUCCGACUGGUUGCGGCAGGAUUACGAGCCCGCCAGGGAUAACGUCAUCCUGAUUCACGGAUAUGCAGGUGGUGAUGAUACGUUGCCAAUCGCGAUUCUGCGCGAUGCUUACCUGAGGAACGGCAGCUACAACGUGUUCCUGGUCGAUUGGGGUGCGUUAGGCGCACGGCCAUGUUAUCCAGCAGCAGUGGAGAAUGUACGACCGGUAGCGAGGUGUCUUGCCGGAACUUUGACAGUCUUGAGAAACCUUGGACUGCCGAUCGCGAGGACCACUUGCAUAGGACAUUCCUUAGGCGCUCACGUCUGCGGCGUCAUGGCCAAUUAUCUGCUCUUCAGGAUGCACAGAAUAAUUGGCUUGGACCCGGCUCGUCCGCUCGUCCGACCGGGUUUGAUGAACCGUUUGGACGCCGGUGACGCCGACUUCGUGGAAGUGAUCCACACCAACGCCGGAUAUUACGGCGAGGUCGGCCGGGUGGGUCACGUGGACUUCUGCGUGAACGGCGGCAAGGUGCAACCUUUCUGUCAGGACAGGGAGAUGUUCCAUCUGUGCAGCCACGUGUGGUCCAUUUGCUUCAUGGCGCAGAGCAUCGACGGGGCGAGUAUGAUGGCCGAGUCCUGCUCCAGGAGGUGUCCCUCGGGUCCGAGGAUCGCCGCUAGAGCAGGGGAGUACGUGAAGAUGGGCCAGCACACCCCGGUCAAUAUCAGAGGGUCCUUCUGCUUCAGCGAAACCAAUCCGCCGUAUUGCCCGAAAUACUGGAACGGCCGCGGCGACGAGAGAUGUUGCGUGCCGGAAUUGAUGAGUAAUAACGAAGAUAUAGGAGAGAACGACGUAAAGUACGAUAACGUGACGAAACGUUCGAAAUUCACCAAAUCCUUGAACAUGGAGCUUGACUUAAGACGGCCGAGACGUAUUAAUUAAGAAAAGAAUUUUUAAU